AUGGCAGGCCCAGACAAGAAAAAAUCCAAGGCAGGCAAGCCUAAAGGCCAAUCAGGUCCAGUGAUCACGGAUCCGCGAUUUGAGAACAUCCAGACCGACCCACGCUACCGGCUCCCCAGCAAACGCCAGACUCAUGUCAAACUCGAUAAGCGCUUUGCGCAGAUUCUAGAUGAUAAGGAUUUCUCUAGCAACGCUGCUGUCGAUCGCUAUGGACGAAAGCUGAAGAAAGACGAUACCAAGGAAAAGUUGAAGAAAUUCUACCAGGUUGAUGAGGAUGAGGAUGAGGACAGCGUCGACGACGACGAAGAUGUCCAGAAAGAAUUGAAACGAGUCAACGCCGCCUCAUAUGAUCCUGCCCGGGAUGGUGGCUUUGGGUCCUCUUCAUCCGACGAAAGCUCCAGCGAAGAGGAAGAUGAGGUGGAAGAGGAGGAAGAUGAGCUCGAGUACCCGGACAAGCAACAGUCUGAUGUGCCACUCGGCGAAGUGACGACUCGGAUAGCAGUCGUCAACCUUGAUUGGGAAAACAUUCGUGCCGAAGAUUUAAUGGCAGUCUUUUCUAGUUUCCUUCCCACCGGAGGGAGGGUGUUGAACGUCACAGUCUACCCCAGUGAAUUUGGAAAGGAACGGAUGGAGCGGGAGGAGAUCGAAGGCCCCCCGAAAGAGAUCUUCGCCUCGAAGAAGUCAAAAAGCGAGGAUUCGGAGGAGGAAGAACUUGACUCUGACGAGGAAGAGGAGCAAAUUAAGAAGUCAAUCCUCAAGGCCGACGACGGCGAAGAAUUCGACUCUACACAGCUACGGCGGUACCAGCUUGAGCGAUUGCGCUAUUACUAUGCCAUUGUCGAAUUUUCAUCGAAAGACGUUGCGAAGCAUGUGUACGAUUUGGUCGAUGGCGCCGAAUACCUCUUCAGUGCCAACUUCUUCGAUCUUCGCUUCGUGCCGGACGAGACCGACUUCUCUGACGACAAGGCUCGGGACGAGUGUUCCCGGAUUCCUGACGGUUACAAGCCUACCGAAUUUGUAACGGAUGCUUUGCAACACAGCAAGGUCAAAUUGACAUGGGAUGCGGACGACAAAUCAAGGAAAGAAGCUCAGGCACGUGCUUUCCGGGGCUCGCGCCAGGACAUUGAUGAGAAUGACCUGAAAGCGUACCUCGGCAGCGAUAGCUCAGAGAGCGAAGACGAAGAUGACGAGGACGGAGGUGUCGAAGUAGUCGAUAAUACCGCAGGAGACGCUUCGACCACAAAGCUAUCCAAGAAAGAGGCCGAGAGACAACGCAUGCGUGCAUUGUUGGGUCUGAGCGCCGAGCCUACCCGCACCAAGCCGGAUGGCCCCGUCGGUGAGAUGGAGGUUACUUUCACAUCAGGCUUGGCUGGUGGCCACGGCAAGGAUACAAUCUUCGAAAAUGAACCGGAGAUUGAGGAAAGUACAAUUGACAAAUACGUGCGGAAGGAGCGCGAGCGCAAGAAGCGCCGAAAGGAGAAACUGAAGGCCAAGCGAGGCGAUGAGGAUGCGCCUAAGGAGGAGGAAGAACAAAAAGCCGCCCCCGUUCAGGCGCCACAGCCUGAAGAAGAAGAGUUAGGAUUUAACGAUCCCUUCUUUGACGACCCUGAUGGAAAACUCACAGCAGGUGCUCGACGCAAGGAGGAGAGGCGCAAGAAGCGCGAGGAACGUGCGGCCGAGGAAGCCGCAUCAGCUGCCCAACGGGCUGAACUGGAGCUCCUGAUGGUGGACGACCAAAAGGCCAACGUCAAACACUUUGAUAUGAACGAGAUCGAAAAGGCCGAGAAACAGGCUCGGAAGAAGGGCAAGGGCAAGAAGAGCAAAAAGGUGGAACCCGCUCCGGCAGAUGACUUCAAAGUCAAAGUCGACGAUCCACGUUUCACACGCUUGUAUGACACUCCUGAUUUUGCCAUCGAUCCAACCAACCCCCGCUUCAAGCCAACUUCCGGCAUGAAGGCACUAUUGGAUGAGGGCCGUAAGCGCCGGCGUACUGGUGAUGACGCCGAUGCCGAGGCUCCGACGGAAGAUCGAGAAGCCAAGAAGAAGCAAAAGAAGGCAUCUAAAGAGUCCAGCUCUGACGAGUUGAAGCGGUUGGUGGCCAAGGUCAAGCGUUCUCACUGA